GUACUUCUGCUGCAGGAAAGGAUAUGUGCACUCCCCCUAGUAUUAACAUGUUCACGAGCAUUUUAAUGAUUUUUCUGGCCUAGCCUGUGCAUACAGUAUGUCAGCGCUCACAGUAAUGUGUUAAAUCUCAGUUUGAGAUCAUACAGUUUUUUUUUGUGCUGUUCUAUAAGAUAUGCCGAAAUUUGAAUGUCUAACAAUCAAGACGUAAACAAAUCGGUGAAGAUGACUGAUGUAAACCUCCGUGCUUCCAAUCAGCUCUUUUAACGCCUGUAAUGUCGCCGCUUUGUUGGCAUAAUCAGCCCGUCCAUAUGUUCAGGCCGUUAUCUGCUCUAAUCCUAAUCAUCGUUUGACCCACUGGGACUCAACACUGCAGCAGGUACGUGCUGCAGGUGCAGUUCUAAACGCACAGGAGGUUCAGACUUAUUACUGAACAACAAACUACAAAGUUUUUCAUUGAUGUCUGCAAAAAGACAAAAAGUGCUAUAACACCCCUGUGCACCUUUAGCGCACUAGAUCCCUCUGCUGUGUAUGUAGGUCUGUCUCAGGAGGAUCAAAUAACCUCUGACUGCUGUGCUGCUUUGGUUUGAGAGGACAGCAGUGAGGAAGAGAGCGCUCACUCUGUGUCUGUUUUCAAAUACCAAGGGGGAAAAAAACUAUUGUUGCCACUAGAUCGUGUGACAAACCCUGAUUCGUGGUAUAUGAAAUAGUCUAUAUUUGGCUCCAUCUGGUCUAAAGUCUGUAGUUUGUAAAAUUGUUUGGUGUAACAUUUAUAGGGUUAUUAAAGGUGCGAUGUGUAAGAAUUCUAAUUUGAACAUUCAAAAUGAAGAUGGACUAGUGAGCAGAAGAGUCUCUGUGUCCGCUGAGAUGAUGUUUAAUGUUCCCGACCACCUCUGCUGUCUCAUUUAGACACUUUGAAGAUACGUAAGCAUUUUGUGGGUAAGUUGUUGGACAUUUAAUGAUGUAUUUUAUGUCAUAAAACAAAACGUGUAAGUAUCCUAAACCUGUGGUGACCACACACCUUACUGGAGGCAUUUAACAGAAUUCUUAAUUAAUAGUUCAAUUAUUAUUAUUAAUUACAAACCAAUUAAAACGAUGCAAGUGGAAAAAUGGAUCGGAUGGUUCAGGACCGCACUCUAUAGCACACAAAACAGGGGUAGAGUGAAAGUCAACAGGAUUUUUGGUCACAGAGUAACUCAUCCUUCCACUCAUAAAAGAUCUUUGGCGCCCAGGUACUCCUCCUCAGGUGUCCCGUUGCUACGGAUACAGCAGCAUCACAAAGAGAUACACUUUGGAUAAUUUAUAAAAGGGAAAAUACCACCAAAGCGCAGGAUGUAAACGACGGAGGCAGCAUGUCUGGACCUGAGGAGCGGACUCUGCUGGAGCUCAACCUGCGGAGGGAGACGUGGUGCCAGGUGGAGACGAACCCCCGGCAGUCCUGGGAGAGGACGGAGAGGAGACAUUACCGGAGUCACCUGCGGACCAGCCCGGUGCUCCUCGGCGCUCUGACCGCCGCACCGCAGCGCAGGGCGGCCGGCAGCGAGCGCCCACCCCCCGCCAAGCUCGCCGAGAGAAGGCACUUCGAAGAGACCUAUGAAUCCCACCUGGUGUAGACGGCUGCUUUCUGAUGUGACCCCACAAAGAAGCUAAGAAAUACACACAGGACCUGAACGCACUUCAACCUUCAGGAUUUUCUUCCCAUGAACACCGAGCGGAACACAUCAUGACAC